AUGUCGGAGAUCGCCUUUCUAGCCAGCCUAACAAAGUGGCUGAUAGGCCCUAUCACCUUGACAAAAACAUCUGAAACUGCCAGUCGGCAUGACAAGAUACCAGACACCGCCAGUCAGCGUGACAAGAAACCAGACAUCUCCAUUCAGCGUACCAAGAAACCAGACAACUUCAUUCAGCGUGACAAGAAAGCAGACACCACCAGCCAGCGUGACAACAAACCAGAUACUACCAGUCAGCGUGCCAAGACAUUAGACAUCGCCAUCAGCGUGCCAAGAAACCAGACAUCUCCAGCCAGCGUAACAAGAAACCAGACAUCGCCAGUCAUCGUGACAAUACAUCGAAGUCAAGAAAAUAAACCAGAAAUCGCCAGUCAGCGGGAAAAGAAACUAGACACCGCCAGUCAGCGUGACAAGAAACCAGAUAUCGCCAGUAAGCGUGCCAAGAAACAAGGCAACUCCAGUCAGCGGGACAAGAAACAAAACAACUCCAGUCAGCGGGACAAGAAACAAGACAACUCUAGUCAGCGUGACAACUCUAAACCUAUAUCUCAGAUAACUGCACGUAAGAUACAUUUGAUACGUUACUGGUUUGCCUGA